CAUGCGUGUAGGGAUUGUUGAUGACGGGCGAGCUAGCUUCGUUAGCCGAGCAGAUUGGUUGAUUUCGACCCUCUAACCUUUAACUCACGGCCUGAUUUUGAGUCAGUAGGUUAGUCUGCCGCUGCCAGUGCUCUGUUACUCCGUUACUCCACCAUGCUGCAGUUCCUGGCUGGCUUCACCUUGGGAAAUGUUGUGGGGAUGUACCUGGCUCAAAACUAUGAUGUUCCCAACAUAGCCAAGAAAAUCGAAGCCUUUAAAAAAGACGUGGAGGCCAAGAAGAAGCCCCCAGAGUGAGCAAAGCGGGGACCAUGUUGAAAGCAAGAAAAGAUGGACUUUGGAGAGAAACUAUUUAUUUCACAGGGUUGUGGUGUAAACAAGCAUGCAUUUGAUAAAAGGAGCUGACCAUGUAAAAUAUGUAUAAGAAUAUUAACAGUGCCUGCAACCGUAUUUGUUGCUUCCCUUAGUUUUUAUAGGCGUGUUCUCAUUGUAGCCUAUUUUUGUAAGAUAAAUUGCGCAAAGACUGGAUUUAAAGAAUAUUACAAGAAACUGGUGGGAUCACUUUAACUGCAGUAUCAUGGCACUGUUAGCUGGCCUUUUCUGGGAUGCACUGUGGUGUUUUAACUUACACAUGACAUUCACUCAUAUCCACAUCAGGUGUAUAUAAUGUUCUCCAAACUAAAUAUUAAUAGAACAUGCAGUUUCUCUUGUGUGUUGUUUUCCACAAAGUUCAGACAUUUCACUUUGCAACCUUCCGACUUAUCCAUAACUGCCAAACUUUUUUUAUUUUGAAACAUUCAUCUUACAAUUAAAGUUGUUGAUAAUUAA